CAAAAUUCGAUCCGUCUUCAGUCCGCUCUGCUAGCUUCCGCCAACGAGGUUCUGGAUUUGUAUGAAAUUAGGUGCAGUUGUGAAGGGUAUAUAUAUUCACUAGCGCUCGGAAAGCUUUGAGUCUGUGACUGUAAUCUAGUUGUGAUGCCUGAAUUCCUCUGUAGGUGGAGUGAGCUUUUGAGGAGUGCAGGCAUGUUUAAGUCUGUGUUUCAGGCUAAUAUGAGUAGCGUGCUUAGUCAAGCUCUUGAUCGUUAGAUUUGUGUCUGAAGAUUUUUUUUUGUAAUUUUUUUUCUGAUCUAGUGUAUGUGCCGAGAUUGAUUGUCUGAUUAUGUCAGCGAGUGGUAGUUGUGUUGAAUAAUCUCCAGCGCAACCUGCCCUCUUUUCUCUGGAGAUCGUUUUUGGUCUGGUAGUGGUGGUGAAGGGAGAGAUUCGCCAUGAAGUUUUCCAAGGUUGCAGUCUGGGCCGUGGCUUUCAUGUUGGUGUUGACACGCUUCAUGGGUGUCGAGGUUCACGCCGGCAAAGCCCAGCGCUUGGAGAGCGUCAGAAGUGUGUCCCGUGAGAGCAAAUUUGAGCAAUCGUUGGGCGAAGGCCAACGUGUGAUAGACAUCUACGACUACCCCGAUGGACGGGGAUUUGUAGCCGAUCUGGAGGUAAUUGAACAGACACAACUUUACGGACCCGACAUCAGCGAGCUCCGCAUGAGUGUCAGAGUAGAGGGCCAGUUUCGACUUCACGUGCAAAUCUCGGACAAGAGCAACUCGCGUUGGGAAGUACCGCUCUCCCUCGUCCCACGCAACGAUCCUUCUCUGAGGAAGGGCAGCCGAUUCGCCUUACCUCAAGAGCAGCUCAUCAAGCUUACCUACACCACCAAGCCGUUCGGAUUCGCCGUCACGCGUAUCUCUAAUGAUGAGGUGCUUUUCAACUCCACUCCCAGCGUCAAGACGUCUCUCGAAGGUGUGGAGUCCCCCUCAUUCAAUUCCAUGGUCUUCAAAGAUCAGUAUCUGGAGAUUUCCACCCACAUCCCGAGCUCCGCUACGCUGUUUGGACUUGGCGAAAGCACGAGGCCAGACGGGCUUCCCCUUGUGAAGGGCAAAACGUACUCGCUGUGGGCCACUGACAUCGGCGCCAUGAACGCGAAUGUGGACUUGUAUGGAGCCUACCCUUACUACAUUGACGUGCGUGCUGGAGGAUUGACACACGGCGUCCUGUUGCUGAAUAGCAAUGCCAUGGACAUUCACUACGGUGGCAAUUUUCUGACGUAUCGUGUGAUUGGCGGCACAUUCGACUUCUACUUCUUCGUAGGACCCACCCCGCUCGACGUGGUAGACCAGUACACGGAGCUCGUGGGCCGGCCUGCGCCGAUGCCGUAUUGGUCUUUCGGUUUCCACCAGUGCAGGUGGGGAUACAAGAAUGUGGAUGAACUCAAGUACGUGGUGGAGAACUUUAAGAGGGCCAGUAUCCCCCUGGACACAAUCUGGAACGACAUCGAUUACAUGCAGAACUACUUGGAUUUCACCGCCGAUCCUGUCAACUAUCCCGAGGAGCAGCUUAAGGAUUUUGUCGAGGAGCUCCACGCCAAUGGACAACACUACGUUCUGAUUCUUGAUCCUGGAAUUAGUAUAGCUUAUGAGAAUUACACCACUCUCAAGCGCGGCCUUGCGGAAGACAUCUUCCUGAAGGAUGAGCAGAACGAGAACUACCUCGCCCAAGUGUGGCCCGGGCCUGUGUACUUCCCCGAUUUUUUCAAUCCCAAGGGAAGUGCAUGGUGGGCUAAUGAGAUAUCCGAGUUUCACAAAAAAAUCCCCUUCGACGGACUCUGGAUCGACAUGAACGAGGUCUCAAAUUUCUGCAGUGGCACGCAGUGCAAGUUCAACGGCGUGGUUUACCCGAACCUCAAUGAGUGCUAUUUGGAAUGCAAGGAGUCAUCGACGCAAUGGGAUAACCCACCUUACAAGAUCACGACCGCAUACAAGAAUAUCGGUGACAAGACUGUCGCGAUGGGAGUGAAGCACUUUGACGGCACCUUGGAGUACAAUGCGCACAACCUCUAUGGCUUGUCGGAGUCCAUUGCUACCAACAAGGCACUCCAGGCCACUCGCAAGAAGCGUCCCUUCAUUCUUGCAAGGUCAACCUUCGUAGGUUCUGGAGCACAGACCGCUCACUGGACCGGCGACAACGCUGCGACGUUCAAGGACCUGGAGUACUCAAUCGCUACCAUCUUGAACUCGGGAAUGGUAGGGGUUCCAAUGAUAGGGGCAGACAUCUGUGGCUUCGCCGGCGACUCCAACAUGGAGCUUUGCAACAGAUGGAUGCAGCUCGGAGCCUUCUACCCUUUCUCUCGGAACCAUAACAUCUUCGGUGCUAUUCCACAAGAACCCUACGUCUGGGACCAGGUCGCCUCGUCCUCCAGGGCAGCACUUAGCAUGCGGUAUCGCCUCCUCCCCUACUUCUACAGCCUUAUGUUUGAGGCGCACAACAAAGGCGCUCCCAUCGCCAGGCCUCUGUUCUUUGCUUUCCCCGAGGACAUCAACACCUUGAAGAUCAGCACCCAGUUCCUGCUCGGAAGCGGCGUCCUGGUAACCCCAGUCGUGCUCCCCGAGGCGACGACCGUGAAUGGCUACUUCCCUAUGGGCACAUGGUACAACCUCUUCGAUUACGCUUCCAAAGUGGAAAGCAAGGGGGAGCAUUUCGAACUCGCCGCUCCUUCGGACUCUAUCAACGUUCAUGUCCACGAGGGAACCAUAUUGCCGAUGCAAGAGAGCGCAUUAACAUCGGCCGAGGCGAUGACGACGCCCUUCACACUUGUGGUAGCAUUCCCAGCGUCGAAGUCCUCCGGCUUCGCCACAGGUAAGCUCUUCCUGGACAACGGUGACGACAUCGAGAUGGUGAUUCGCAAGGGCAGGUCUACUUUCGUGAGAUUCUUCGCCCAGCAAUCGGUGCAGCGAGGUGUUCUGUCGUCGAAGGUCGUGAGCGGAGACUACGCCAUCCAAAAAGGACUCACAGUACAGACAAUCAUCAUCCUUGGAGCCAACAGUGCUGCAACUUCUCUCACCAUCAACAGCGUCCAAGUUUCAUCAUCAAUUUCCUCAUCUUUUGAUUCCGCUGCAGCUUCCACCACCAUCUCAGGACUGAGUGUACCCGUCGGUAGCGAGUUUCAGCUCCAGUGGACAACGCAAGCGCAUUCAACAAGCCCUCAGGGCUUGAAUCUUGCAACAGUAACAUGUGGGGAGAAGCUUUAAAUUCUUCGGCAAACUCUCGGCACUGUCGUAGGUGUAUAUUAAACCUUCAAAAUUGGUUUAUACAAUUUUGUGAUGAGGGUCUAGAGACCAUCCGAUGGGAAGCCUCGAACUAGCUUCCCUCUAUCUUGGUUAGCAAUCACGUAGACUAAUACUUGACACCAGCAACCACUGCAAGCUCCUACUUUGCUUUGCAGACGUGUUGCUAAAAUGUAUGUCUAUAUGGGGCAAUCAAUCCCCCAAGAUCUGUACAAUACUAGAUAGCAAUCGAUAAUACAAUCAACAAUCCCAUUCAGAGUAAAUCUUCUUACA